CCGCGGUGCUGAAACGAACCCAGUUCAGACUCCUCUCUCACAUUAACUUUGCCGUGAAAUUAAGACAUUUCUGACUGCAAUAAAUCCAUGCCUUGUUAGAUUUUAGUCUGUAUGAGACCUGCUAUUACGUUCCAUUUCCAGGAAAUUAUACAUUUUGUGUAAUGCUGGAAUUUUACACACGGUGUCGCUCUCCUUCAGAUUUCCUUGCUAAACCCUUCCUCUAUCGCUGUACAACCUUUCAUUUCAAACUGACUGCAGACCUUCCGCUGACUAAACCACAAAAUAUCACAUUUAAGAAAGGUCCCCACACAUUUUUGACAAAAAUCUUCUUCUCCUUUGUUGUUUUUUUUACUUCCAACCUUUGCUUCUCGCAUUAAUAGGUGAAUGAAUGGACGAUGGAGAACAAAGCAUUCUUGAUCUCCUUUCUUGGGAUAUUUUUUCAUGUGCCGCAAGCCGCCUUUGGAGAUGGGUCCUACUCUUUUCCCGAGGAGAUGGAGCGAGGCUCAGUUAUUGGAAAUUUAGCGAAAGAAAUGGGUCUUGAAGUGAGCAAACUGGCUGCUCGAAAGGCUCGCAUAGAAGCUGACGGAAACGGCAAACGGUAUUGUGACGUUAAUCUGAGCACCGGAGACAUUAUUGUUGCAGACAGGAUCGACAGAGAGGGGCUUUGUGGAAAGAAGUCGUUGUGUGUUUUAACACAAGAGCUCGUUUUAGAAGAGCCAUUAGAGCUCCGUCGCGUUAUGCUUAACAUCCAAGAUAUUAAUGACAAUUCACCACAAUUUAAAAAGAUGGACAUCCAUUUUGAAAUUAGUGAAUCCGCAGCGAAGGGAAGUCGUUAUCGCUUGGAAGAGGCCCAUGAUGCAGAUAUCGGAAUUAACGCCGUUCAGGAAUACAGUAUUGGGAAGAACGAACACUUCAGACUCAAUGUUAUUUCUAAAAGUGGUGGAGGAAAAUACAGUGAGUUAGUUUUGGAAAAAGAGUUGGACAGAGAACAAACGCAGACGCUAGCAAUUGUGCUUGUAGGAACGGACGGGGGCGCUCCUCGGAGAUCAGGUACUGCUGUUGUUCAUGUUACUGUGCUGGACUGCUAAUGAUAACGCCCCGGUGUUCACCCGAGGCCGUUUAUAGGGCUAGUCUGCCUGAAAACUCUCCAUUAGAUGCUGUGGUUGUUAAAGUAACCGCAAAAGAUGCCGAUGAUGGAGUGAAUGGAGAAGUGACAUAUGAUUUUGAUCACAUUUCUGACGACAAUAACGUAUUUUCUCUUGAUCCAAUAACUGGAGAUGUUAAGCUUACUGGAACAUUAGAUUAUGAAGCAAAACCAUCCUAUGAAAUGCAAAUUCACUGCCAAGGAUGGUCCUGGUUUAGUUUCUUCGUCCACAUUAAUAAUUGAAGUCACGGAUGUCAAUGACAACAUUCCACUAACGUUAAUAAAAUCGCUUAAAACCCCUGUUC